CUAACAAAAUGGAGCGCAUUUGCUGAAUGUACACUGAUUUGUGGCCCAUCGGUGGACUGCCUCCAGAAAUUACUCCAAGUUGAGGCAUUCUAGAGGUAUGCAUCAUUUUAUUAUAUUAUAUUAUAUCAUAUUUUAUUUUUUAUUUUUUUAUGCCAAUUGGGAAGUCGCACAGAGGUGGGCACCCCAUCACUUUUCGCAAUACGGGGCAUCAAAAAUGUGCACACAAAUAUGCAGACAUUUUUUAAGUGCCUUCCAGGGCAAUUCGCGCGGUGAGAUUUGUUGCCGUCCACGGAUGUGCGCACUGGGGUGGCCUCACCCACUUGCGUUGCCAUGCACAUGUGCGUAGAUCAUUUCUAUUUCAAUUUUUCACUCACUGAAAAUGGCCGCGUUUGUCUUGUCCAUUUUUUGCAUGCAUACACACGCAUACAAACGAACACAUAUGUACACAUUUUUGCACAAAGGAUUAUCUAUUUUUUUUUUCCAAUUCUUAUGACCUCCUUACAAAAGGGUGAAGAAAAUUUACUCGAAAGGGAGUUAACCGCCGAAACGUUGUUCGCCCUGCAUUCAAUUUCGUUUGUCCACCCGCUUAGCCGCACCCAUCCACGCGCAGCGGUUGGCAGUUAACAGUUAGCAAUUAGCCAUUAGCAAUUAGCCAUUAGCAAUUAGCCAUUAGCAAUUAGCCAUUACUAUUCGCACCGAACAGUCAACAUUUAGCUGCCACCAGUUCAACGCCGUCAGCUCGCUCCAAACGCUCCCAAAAAUGAAACACACCCGCAGCGUCACCCUUUACCUCUUUCUGCUGACCCUUUGCGCGUACUUAACUGGCGCCGAGGUUAUAGGCGGUUCCCCCAACAAUGAAGCCCCGAAUUCCAGCAGACACCAUUUAAGGAAUGGAUUCCCGGGAAAGAACGACUCCCUCCCGCAUGAGGAGCCAAACAACUUGGAAGGAAAAAACGAGAGUAGCGACCAGUGUGAUACCAUUAACCUAGGUCAAGUGACCGAGAAGGAAAAAAAAACAAUAGAACAGGCAAGCGUGCAAGCACAGGAUGCGACAAAGCCUGAGGCAAAUAAUGCGGAACAGAUACAAGCAGAAUUGCAAAAAGUCAAAACGGCCAAAGAUGAAUCAGCAACCGCAGCUAAGGAUGCAGAAACUGCUAAAAAGAACGCAGUGGACGCAGGAAAGGGAUUGGACGCAGCGAAGGGAGCCAUAAAAAAAGCAGAAGAAGCAGCAGCCGAAGCGAAAAAACAAGCCGGUAUAGCAGAAAAGGCGGAAAAGGACGCUGAGGCAGCUGGAAAGAAAGAUAAAUUAGAGGAUGUAAACAGUCAAGUACAAAUUGCAGUAGAAGCGUCAACCAAAGCUAAGGAUAAAAAAACCGAAGCGGAAAUAGCCGUAGAGAUAGUCAAAGCAGUAGUGGCAAAGGAGGAAGCGCAAAAGGCGUCAGAUGAGGCCCAGAAGGCAUGCGAGAAAGCCCAGAAGGCACACGCGAAAGCGCAAAAGGCUUCUGAUACAACAAAAACGGUAGAAACGUUCAAAACAAACGCAGAAGCUGCGGCAAAAAAUGCAAAGGAAAAGGCGGGAAAUGCCAACAAAGCGGCAACGGAAGCAGAAAGUGCUAACGAAUUAAGCGUAGCAAAACAAAAAGCGAAAGACGCAGAAGAGGCCGCUAAAGAAGCGAAAAAGGAACAGGUAAAAGCAGAAAUAGCUGCCGAAGUGGCGAAGGCAAAAGUUGCAAAAGAAGAAGCAGAUGCAGCACAAAAAAAAGCAGAGGCGGCAAAGAAAAUCGUAGACAAAAUAGCACAAGAUACUAAAGUACCAGAGGCACAAAGGGAAGCAAAAUUGGCCACUCAAACAGCUAGCAAGGCAACCGAAGCGGCGACAGAAGCAGGCAAGAAAGCGCAAGAAGCUGAAGAGUCAUCAAAAGAAGCAGAAGAAAAAGCAGAAACGUCAGACGCGGUAAAAGGAAAAGCCGACGCUGCAGAAAAAGCCGCAGGAGAAGCAAAAAAAGCAUCGAUCGAAACGGAAAUAGCAAUUGAAGUAGCAAAGGCGGAAGUGCUGAACGCAGAAGUAAAAAAGACAGCCCAAGAAGCGGAAAAAGACGCGACGGAGGCUAAGGAGCAGGCAGAAAAGGCUAAGGCAGCAGCGGAAGAGGCAAAGACGCACGGAGAAAAAGCAGAAAAGGUAGGAGAGUCAACAAAAGCACAUUCAGAUGAAGCACAGCAAGAAAAUAAAAACGCAAAGGACGCCUCGGAAGAAGCAGAAAACAGAGCGGUGGACGCAUUGGAAGAAGCGUAUGCAGUGGAAGCACAUCUGGCAAGAACCAAAAAUGCAGCAGAGUCAGCCAAAAGUGCAACAGAUAUGAGUGAAUUAGAAAAGGCUAAAGAGGAAGCGAUAGAUGCAGCAAAUAUCGCCCAUCAAAAGUGGUUAAAAGCAACCCAGGCAGCUACCAUUGCAAAAGAAAAGAAGGAAGCUGCAAAAGUAGCCGCUGAGAAGGCACAAACUGCAGCAAACGUUGUAAAAGAUAAGGCGGCCAAGGCUGAAGCGAAGAAGGCAGAAACAGAAGCGGUAAAGGCAGCGGUAGAAGCGAGAGCGGCGGCGGAGGAAGCGAAGCAAGAGGCAGCAAAAGUAGGGGCAUCGAAAGAACCACAAGAAACUAAAAAUAAAGCAAAUGUGGAAGCAGAAGCAACAGGAAAUGAAGCAAAAAAGGCAGAAGAUGCCGCGGAGGAAGCUAAAGAAGCAGCCAAAAAAGCAAAUGAAGCAACCGAUGCAAAUGUAGCAAGAUCAGAGGCAGACAAAGCAAUCGCCGCAGCGAAGAAGGCAAAGAAGGCGAGAGAAAAAGCAGCGUACGGGCUCCUGAAGACGAAGAACCAGUAUGUACUAGAGCCACUAGACAUAUCGCCCGAGUCAGCCGAUAAUAUUACAAGCAAGGAGGAACAAGUGAAGGAAGAAAUGGAGGAUCAGGGAGACGAGGAUAGCAACGAAGCCGAGGUGGAAGAAGCAUUACCGAAUGGUUCAGGUGCGCAGGAGGAAGACGUAAACUUAGAGAUGGAUGACGAAGAAGAAGUGGAAGAAGUGGAGGAAAACGUAGCAACUAAUCAACAAACGGGUGGCAAGCGCGAAAAGAGAAACACUAACGAUACUGUGGAUGACACUAACGCAGACAAGCAGUUUGGAGACGAAUUCGACACUUACAAUGACAUUAAGAAGGUGACCGAAGCGCUCGUAAAAUCGAUGACGUCCUUAGUUUCAGACGACCCCUCGGUUGGGGACACCAUAAAUGAGUUCCUCUCCGAUAUGAAUCACCUAUUUUUGAGCUGGUAA